UCUUACCCAGCAAAGUCAGUGUUGAUUCACGAUUAACCCAAGCGAAUUAUUAAAUAAUCAAAAUGAAAAUUACGUGGCUUGUUGCCUUUGCUUGUGCCAUCUACAUGGCCAAUGCUGCCUCAGUGUACAUACCUGAACAUGUUCGUGAAAAACGAAGCCCCGUUAUAGGAGCUGCCGCAUUAGGAUUUGGAGGAGCUGGACUUUUAGGAGCAGGAGCUUUAGGAGCUGGACUUCUCGGGGCUGGAGCUUUAGGAGCUGGAGCUCUUGGAGCUGGUGCCCUGGGAGUUGGUGUCGCUAAGGGGGCUGUUCUUGGAGGAGUUAUUGGACGAAGCCAUGGAGGCUACGGUGGUGGAUAUGGAUAUAGCAGUCCAAGUGUGCAAGUAGUUCAUGUUAAUGACCAUUACGGGGGUGGUUAUGGAGGCGGUUAUGGAGGCGGUUAUGGAGGCGGUUAUGGAGGCGGUUAUGGAGGUGGUUACGGCGGAUAUGGUGGUGGUUUCGGAUAUGGUGGAGGAUACUAUUCCAGCUGGUAAAAAUUUCAGCACGACAUCAGAAGCCUACAUCCAGCCAGUACACCUAUAUUCCCGUUAAAUAGUAUUAAUAAAUUAUUGUUAACUUGAUAAAGCUUUCCAUUUUUUAUCCUUCCUCAAACGGGUAUUCAGUGGAGGUGAAUAAAAGUCAUUGCCUUUG